AUGGCCUCACAGAUGAUUCUCAGGAGCAAACUCCAAGAUCCCAAUAGACCAACCCCAAAUGAGUUUCAAAAUUUUCUUCUGUUAUAUUUAUGUUUUUACUUUUUAUUAUUGUCGUAUUUAAUUAAAUUUGUGGGUUUUUUAUUUUCAAUUACAAAGGUUUUUCUGAAAGUUUGGAAUGAUAUUUGCAAGAGAGACAGUGAUACUCCAACACUUUUGGUUCCAUCUGGUAAAACUUUUUUGUUAAACCCUCUCAAAUUUAGAGGCCCCUGCAGUUUCUCUCCAGUUCAUUUUCAGCUCGAAGGAAACAUUGUUGCGCCAAGUAGCAGUGAAGCAUGGAAGGAUGAAGACUAUACCAAGUGGAUUGUGUUUUAUUACAUUCAUGGCAUAAUCAUCGACGGAGGUGGACAAAUCGACGGCCAGGGUUCUACUUGGUGGAAAACAAAUUGCAGUGUGACAAACUGUCCACGACCAACUGCACUACACAUUGAUAAUUGUAGCAAUCUCCAACUAAAUGGGACUCACCAUCUCAAUAGUGCAAGAAAUCACAUAUCUAUAGAUUAUUCAGAUCAUGUAAACAUAUUCAAGAUCAAUAUCACUGCACCUCAAGAGAGCCCAAACACAGAUGGAAUUGAUAUUGGUCACUCAAGCUACGUUUUAAUUCAGGACUCAACUAUUGCAACAGGAGACGAUUGCAUAGCAAUGAACAAUGGUACAUCAAAUAUUAACAUUACAGGGGUAACUUGUGGACCAGGUCAUGGUAUAAGUGUAGGAAGCCUUGGAGAAAAUGGAGCUUAUGAAAUAGUGGAACAAGUAUAUGUUAAAAAUUGCACUUUCAUUAGAACAGAAAAUGGAAUGAGAAUAAAGACAUGGCCGGGUGGAUCUGGGUAUGCAAGAAAUAUCUCAUUUGAACAAAUCAUACUUACAGAGACAAAAAAUCCUAUAAUUAUUGAUCAGAACUAUAGAGAUCUAGUGAUUGACAAAGCAAACAAUAUGCAGAAAUCAGAAGUACAAAUAAGUGGUGUAACUUAUCGUGAUGUUAUUGGAACUUCUAAUAGCAAAACAUCAAUUAAAUUGAAUUGCAACAAGAAUUCAGGUUGCACAGAUAUCUUCAUGGAUGUAGUUAACAUAACCUCAAUUUCUGGAAAAACUACAAAAGCUUCUUGCAAAAAUGCUCAUGGAGAAGCUUCUUCUACUUCACCUUAUGUACCUUGCUUGUCGCAGGAUAGUGAUUAAUAUUUUCCAUUUUUUCUUUAGUUCUCAAUAUAGGAAUUCCAUUUGCUUUAGUUUUGGUAGAAUUGAUGUUUACAAAUUGAUUUAGUGUGAUUUUGGUUUGGUUGGAACAUAUAUGAAUGAGUAUACUAGUGUGUGAAUUUAAAAAUGCUAGAAAUUCCAGGUAGGAGAGAUUUCACACAAAGAUGUAUGAUACUUGGGGUGUGCAUGCAAUCAAUAUAAUUAGACAUGGCAACAAAGCCUGAACC